AUGUCAGCCACGCAAAAACCCGGUUGGCAAGUUCCGGUUGAGCCGCUGAGCUCACCAGUGGUUGGCCGCGAUGGCUACACCGGCCUCAACCCUAGGACAGAGACUCUACCAAAGGGCUGGAAGCACCCCCACGCAGACGCCCGCCCAUUGCCCUGUGACAUACAGGUAGACCACGAUGUCUCCAUCACUGCCAGAGAUGGUACAAUUCUCUACGCCGACGUCUUGCGUCCUGCCAACACGGACGAAAGAGUGCCCGCGCUCAUCUGCUGGUCCCCCUUUGGCAAGAAGUUCAACGGCCUCAUGUCCCUAAAUUACAUGACGCCAUGGGAUCUGGGCAUCCCCUCAGGAACGCUUUCCGGGCUGGAAAAGUUUGAGGCCCCCGAUCCCGCUGACUGGGUGCCCCGCGGAUACGCCAUCGUCAACGUCGACACGCGCGGAACGUUCGACAGCGGCGGCACGAUGGUGAUCAUGGGCACCCAGGAGGCGGAGGACGGUUACGACACGAUCGAGGCCGUGGCGAAGAUGGAAUGGUGCAGCGGCCGCGUCGGGCUCGCGGGUAACUCGCACCUUGCUAUCGCGCAGUGGUUCAUCGCCGCGCUCCGCCCGCCUAGCUUAAAGGCCAUUGCGCCGUGGGAGGGCUGUGGCGAUUUGUACAGGGAGCAAUUCGCACGCGGAGGGAUCUACGCCGGCGACCUCUUUGAUCAGCUCAUUGUCAAGCACAUGCUCAAGGGGCGAAGAGGGAUCGAGAGUUUCCGCGAGAUGUUCAAGCAGCACCCGCUGGCGAAUUCUUGGUGGAACGACAAGAGGCCUGACAUGAAGAAGAUCAAUGUCCCGACAUACAUCACGGGGACGUGGACGAAUACCAUGCACGGGAUGGGCGCCAUCCGGGGCUGGUUGGAGGUCAACACGGACGAGAAGUGGCUGCGGUGGCAUCCGUGGCAGGAGUGGUAUGACCUCUGGGGGAACCCGCAGGCCAAGGAGGAGCUGUUUUCGUUUUUCGACCAUUAUCUCAAAGAUGUUGAAAACGGCUGGGAGAAGACGCCCAAGGUGCGGAUGGCGUUGCUGCGGUUUGAGAACAAGGUGCCGCAGGCCAUUGAGAACGUUGUCGAAGAGGACUUCCCACCGGCCCGGACGCAGUACAGGCAGUUCUACUUGAGCUCCGAGGGGAGUCUCGCUCCCGACAGCGGGCCUGAGAAGCCGACGACGGUCAGCUACGACUCAGAAUCCGGGGAAAGCGUCGGCUUCAACUACACAUUCACCGAAACAACCCGCAUCAUGGGCCUGCCCAAGGCCGUGCUAUACAUGUCCUGUCCGGACCACGACGACAUGGACUUGUACAUCAUGAUCCAAAAACUCGACAAGGAAGGCAAGCAGAUGAAAAACCUCAACGUGCCUUGGAAGGGCAUCCCAGUGAAGUCGUUUGAGGAGUUCAAACCGGAGCAGGAGACUGAGGUGGUGCUUUACAAGGGCCCCGUAGGAAUCCUGAGGGCGUCACAUCGCGCCAUCGACGAAGCGAGGAGCAUGCACCCGCAUUGGCCAUUCCACCCCCACGAAAAAGAGGACAAGAUCACGCCCGGCGAGGUGGUGAGGCUGGACAUUGGCAUCUGGGCGUUGGGUGUCGAGUUCGAGGCGGGGGAGAGCGUGAGGGUGGUGGUGAGCGGGGAGAGUUUUGCGGUGAGUAACUUUGGGAUGAAUCAUUGUCUGAACAAGGGCAGACAUGUCGUGCAUCUGGGAGGAGAUUGUGCAAGUCAUGUCAUUCUUCCCUUCGUAUAG